AUGAGUUCUGCAGGAAAUUUACAACUCUGUGCCGGUCAAGCAGGUGGAUGUGAUGCCGCUGUACAUGCUAUGAGUGACAUGUUGGAGGAAGAGUCCACUAACCCAUUGCUCUUGGCGGAUGCAGACAACGCCUUUAACUCGCUUUACCGAAGGGUCCUCCUCCAUAAUAUCAAGUAUUUAUGCCCACCGAUGGCUAUUUAUAUCAGGAACUGCUAUAGUGUGCCGUCUCGCUUAUUUGUACUCGGAAGAACCGAAAUUUCAUCAUCAGAAGGGACGACUCAAAGGGAUCCCCUUGCAAUGCCAGUAUAUGCCAUUGCCAUAACCCCCUGUAGGAGAUAAUCAAACCUGAAUCUCCAAAAGACAUAACAUGAAACAUGUAGCUUUUGCAGAUGAUCUGGGUGGAACAGGUGAACUGCUAGAACUGCGACGCUGGUGGAAUAACAUUGUGUUGUGGUGUCCUAAGUUGUGAUAUAUAACCCGAACCCUUCAAAGUCGUGGCUUGUUGUAAAGCGAACAGUUGAGGAGAAAGCACGAGAAAUCUUCGGAGGAAUCAGCAUCAACAUCACAACUGACGGGAGAAAAUAUCUUGGUGGCUACAUUGGAAGUGAAAGUGGAUGCGGCAAAUACGCUGAGGAACUGGUAAGCUCGUGGUGUGACCAACUGAAAGUCCUGCCGAAGAUUGCAGAGACAGAACGACAAGCAGCUUAUGCAGCAUUUGUGAGUGGGUUCAAGAAAAAAAUUGACGUAUUACAUCAGAACAAUGCCCAACAUCGAGCAACACCUGACGCGACUGGAUGUAAUUGUUGAUAAUGUAUUUAUUCCAGCAAUUACGGAUGGCCACAUAUGCUCCGCGGAUGAACGACUUUUGCUCUCCUUACCUGCAAAGAAAGGUGGUUUGGCAAUACCUAUGUUCUCGGCUGUUGCUGAUAUUGAGUUUGGUAAUUCCUGCGAAGCUACCGAACAGCUGAUUGAACAUAUCAGCAAGCAGGACAGCACAGCACCAAUGGAUAGUGAACAACUCAAGACCGCAAGGAGAAGCAUUGCCAACACCAGGGAAGAGCUGAAUAACACCACCCUACAGCAGCUUCGCGAGAAGAUGAGCCCAGAACAACUGAGGUUAAAUGACCUAGCACAGAUGAGGGGUGCCUCGAGUUGGUUAACAACAUUGCCACUAAAGUCAGAAAACUUCGACCUGAAUAAAAGGGAAUUCUACGAUGCGCUCAGCCUUAGGUACCGCUGAACACCGAAAUACCUUCCAUGUACAUGUCCUUGCGACAAUAGAUUCGAUGUUGAUCAUGCAAUGUCGUGUAUGAAAGGCGGAUUUGUCCAUUGGAGUUAUGACGACGUGCGAGACCUGUUCGCAUCCCUUCUCAAGGACGUAUGUCAUGAUGUUGAGGUCGAGCCACACCUUCAGCCUUUGACAGGAGAAGUUUUAAUUAGCAGUGCCAACUCCUCUGAUGAGGCUCGUUUGGAAGUCAGCGCACGUGGUUUUUGGCAAAGGGAGCAACGUGCAUUUUUUUAUAUCAGGAUUGUUAACCCGUUCGCAAAGAGUCACCUUAACCAGAAACUUAACACGGCUUUCUCGAGCAAUGAGAACGAGAAAAAGCGACACUACAGUCAGCGAAUUAUUGAAGUCGAGCCUGGCUCCUUCAGCCCUUUCGUGUUCUCACCAUAUGGUGGAAACGGUAGAGAAGCCGAGCGAUUUCUUACCGAACUAGCUCAAAAACUAUCCGAUAAGAAGCAGAUGGAUUAUAGCAUUGUGAUUCAUUGGUUGAGAUCAAAACUAUGUUUUAACCUAUUGAGAUCAGCAGUUUCACGUGUAAGAGGCUCCAGUACAACUAAACAUGAGUUGAACACUGAUUUUAGCGGGGCAGCAAUGGCAAAUGUGAUUGGAAAGUUAAAGUAG